AGUCUCUUUCCAAUUUUCAAAGUUGUGAUAUUUUCUCCCAAAAAGACACCCAAGAUCCCUUUCUUCCUUCCGUCUUUACAUAUACGCCUCUUCACGGGCAUACAUCGGAAUCUUCUCCCAAGAAAAUUUCUUACGAUCCAGAUCCCAGUCUGAGUGUGUUCGUCGUUUUUCCGGGAAAAAUUAGGUGUUUCUUUCCCGGAAAACGUGUGUUUGGGGUGAUUUUCCAGGGUCUUCCGUUUCAGUUUCGGCCUCACGAGGGUUUGCUUCGUGUUCCUUUUUAUCCUCUCUGGACAUCUUUUGCGACUUUAUCGGCGAGGAAAGGGACUUAACAGUUGAACAGGUGGUUGGGGUUUCGGUUUCAAUCCACAAGAACAACAUUGUUCACAAUGGAAUCGUCCGGAGCCGUUGCUGUUCGGAGACCAUUCGUUGACUUCGCCAAGGACAGGAAUGGAAUCGAUCAGAUUCUGCUCCGGAAUCCCAAAGGAGCUUCUGUAAAGAUAAGCUUACAUGGUGCGCAAGUUCUUUCUUGGAAGAAUGAGCGUGGUGAUGAACUAUUGUUCACAAGCUCUAAGGCUGUCUUUAAGCCACCACAUCCAGUACGAGGAGGAAUCCCUAUAUGUUUCCCUCAGUUUGGAACUCGGGGAUCACUUGAGCAACAUGGGUUUGCAAGGAACAAGAUUUGGGUUGUGGAAAGAGAUCCGCCUCCUUUGCCCUCGUUUGAUCCAACAGACAAAACCUAUGUCGAUUUGGUACUUAAGCCGUCUGAUGAAGAUUUGAGGAUUUGGCCUCACAGUUUUGAGUUUCACCUGAGGGUUUCAUUGGCAUCGGAUGGGAACCUAAGGCUGAUAUCCCGAGUCAGGAAUAUAAAUUCCAAGCCUUUUAGCUUUUCCAUUGCAUACCACACAUACUUCUCCAUAUCUGAUAUCAGUGAAGUUAGGAUUGAAGGGUUGGAAACUCUUGACUAUCUUGACAACUUACUUGAAAAGGAGCGGUUCCAAUGGGAAAAGUAUUUUCUAAAUAUAUGGCACAACACGUGGCAUGAUGAAUCACACAAACCUCCAAAGACGACAAGAACGUAUUUCAAGGUCGACAGAGUGUAUAUCAGUUCUAAAGAUGUCGUUGCAGUAUUUGACCAUGAGAGAAAGCGGACUUUCCUCAUCAAGAAAGAAGGGCUACCCGAUGUUGUGGUAUGGAAUCCAUGGGAGAAGAAAUCGAAAAUAUUGGGGGAUUUGGGAGAUGAGGAGUACAAGCGUAUGCUGUGUGUUGAUGGUGCAGCCAUUGAGAAACCCAUCACCCUGAAACCGGGCGAAGAAUGGACCGGCAAACUGGAACUCUCUGUUAUUCCUUCAACCUGAUAACCGGAACCGGUUAUCCUACCCCCGGUUUAAUCUCUCCCUCUCCCUCUAAUUCUUUUUUUUUUAGUAAACAGCAGUCUGAUUUUUCAGCCAAAUCGAAAAAUAAAAUUCGAAGGACGAUUUGGAUGGUCACCCACCAUUUUUAGCAAGUGACCAUAUCCUAAAGUUUGAAUCUUUUUGUAAUAAAAAUGUUAAAAGUAGUGACCAUAUAAUAUACAGGCCAAGUAGAUGUUGUGAUAACUCCAAACCAGCAAAACCAACGAGGAAGCAACAAAACUCAUUUUCGGGUAUA